AUGUACGUAUUUGGAAUUUGCGGUAAAAAGUGUUCAUUGUGGAAUGGUGAUAUCUGUUUUAACGAUUUAAAUAAAGUUUAUAAAUUUUACUUGGCAUUUGAAAAUUCUCUAUGUGAAGACUAUGUUACUGAAAAGGCAUACAAGUUCUAUCAGGACGGUUUUGACAUACUCCCAGAGUACCGAGGAGCUCCGAAUAUAAGAAACAUUUUACCAACAGGUACCUUUAUCUCAUCUUUAAACUUUUCAUCGCCUAAAGAACUAGCUUUACACGUGGGAAGUAAUGAAAGUUUGUACACUAGUUAUUUGAAGGCAAAAGAUCAGUUCUUGUCAAGCCCGUGGUCACGACAGGAGAUGUUGAAAUCUCUUCAUUGUUCUGUUUGUGAAAAACUCAACACAGGGUAUAAACGAAGCCCUAAACUGAAUUUAACACACUGGAUGCUUGAAAAGAAAUGCCUUAUCCCUAAAGACAUUUGA